AUGGCUGUGCCUGACUCCGUGAACCUGCGGGACCUCGCGGGGACAUAUAACCUUGUAAGUAUUGUUUAUGACUUCCACGAUAAGCAUAUACCAGACGAACAUCACAGUGAGUAUACGCUAACGCCUAUCAGNAACAAGAGUCUGUCAGAUGCAACCGAUGCUGCUUUACAGAUGGUAACAGCGCCUCUCAUGUAUACUGCAUGCUCAGUCUCUCAUCAACAUCUUCUGUGUAGNCAAGGCAUAGGCUGGCUCGUCCGUCAAGCUGUCAAAUUCUCGAAUGUUACACUUCACGUCAAACAGUUUGUUGAUGAGAACGGCCUCACGCACAUAGACAACGAACAAAUCACCACCGGAAACAUUCGCAACCUCGAGGAACGUAUAGUGGACUACCAGUGGCGUGAAAAGGACGACAGGAUCUUUGGCAAAGUCAACGGCCGCUCGCGCUACGUCAAGCUGGAUGAAGUCGAGACUGAGUACCUCAAGCAAGGGUGGGACGAACACUUUCUAGCCCAAGGGGAUCGCGAAGUUGUUCAAGUCUUUGUGGAUAGUGUAGGCAAGAAACCAAACUGGUCAGCAGAACAAGUUUGGGGGUUCGAAGUCGUGGACGGUCAGAAACAUCACACGAGACGUAUCGUCGUCAAAAAGGGCAAGGAAGAGCAUAAAAUUCGAUUGGUUUACGACUGGGUUGCAGAAAAGGACGAAGACGCGGAUCUGGCUUAUUAA